AUGCAAGUUGCUCAAGUAAUGAAAUAUGAAUCUACUUUGGCUGAGACUGAAGUCUAUAAGAGAUUCAAAUCAGAUCUGAGAGAGAAAAUUCAGUGUGUUUGCGAAGGUUUAACAAAGCAGGGAAACCCUACACUUCUCAAUGAGAUCUACACAGAGCUCUACAUUAUGCAGGGUGGAAGUGAAGAAGUCAAUAAUGAACAUGAGGUAAGACAGAUUGAGACAGCAUCCAGGAGAACAGCAACAGAGGACACACCAAUCAAAUGCAAUGACAUAUUUAAACCCUUACCUGGACAAGACAAACCCAUCAGAACUGUGCUGACAACAGGAAUUGCUGGCAUUGGAAAAACAGUCUCUGUGCAGAAGUUCAUUCUAGACUGGGCUGAAGGGAAAGCCAAUCAGGAUAUCCAUUUUAUAUUUCCCCUUCUUCUCAGAGAACUGAAUUUAAUGAAGGACCAAGAACACAGUCUGAUGAGUUUGCUUCAGAGCUUUUGUCGGGAAAGCAAAAUAUUUGACUGCAGUAAGCAUACAGCUCUUUUCAUCAUUGAUGGCCUUGAUGAAUGUCGAUUACCUUUGAACUUCCUGGACAAUAAGAGUAUGAGUGAUGUAACAGAGACAGCGUCACUGGAUGUGCUGCUGACAAACCUCAUCAAGGGGAAUCUGCUUCCCUCUGCUCUCAUCUGGAUAACCUCCAGACCAGCAGCAGCCAGUCAAAUUCCUUCUGAAUAUGUAGACCAGGUCACCGAAAUACGAGGUUUCAGUGAUCCUCAGAAGGAGGAGUACUUCAGGAAGAGAAUCUCUGAGCAGAGGCUGGCCAAUAAAAUCAUCUUACACAUAAAGUAUUCAAGAAGUCUGUACAUUAUGUGUCACAUACCAGUGUUCUGUUGGAUUUCAGCCACUGUUCUAGAGAAAAUGUUUGGUGAGGCAGAUAGUGGAAAGAUCCCCAAGACUCUAACUCAGAUGUACACACACUUCUUGUUAAUCCAGACUAAAAUUCGAGAAAAGUACAGUGAGAGCAAAGAAACCGAAAAAGAAAUGAUUUUGAAACUGGGACGACUGGCUUUUCAACAGCUGGAGAAAGGCAAUCUGAUCUUCUAUGAGGAAGAUUUGAGAGAGUGUGGCAUUGAUGUUAGAGAAGCAUCAGUGUACUCAGGAGUGUGCACCCAGAUCUUUAGAGAGGAGUUAGGGCUGUGCCAAGAGAAGGUUUACUGCUUUGUGCAUCUGAGCAUUCAGGAGCAUCUUGCAGCUCUGUAUGUUUACCUGUCCUUCAUCUACAACAACACGGAUGUUCUUGGUCAAGGGAUUGACAUUAAACAUGCAGCUCAAUUCAAAUGUUUAACUCUUUAUGACAUAAAUAUGCGAGCAGUGGACAAGGCGUUACAGAGCAAGACUGGACACCUGGACCUUUUCCUCCGCUUUCUUCUGGGCCUCUCACUGGAGUCUAAUCAAAUUCUCUUACAGGGUCUACUGACACAGACAAGAAGCAGUUCAAAGGACACAGAGAAGAUAACUGAUUACAUAAAAAUCAGGAUAAGGAUGGACCCAUCUCCAGAGAAAACAAUCAACCUAUUCCACUGUCUGAGUGAACUGAAUGAUCAUUCUUUGGUGAAGGAAAUCCAAAAUUACAUGAGACCUGGAAAUCUAACUAAAUCAAAAGUGUCACCCUCUCAGUGGUCAGCUGUGGUGUUUGCUUUACUGACCUCAGAAAAGGAAAUGGAUGUCUUUGAGCUGCAGAAAUACACUGGAUCAACCCCAGACAGGUCACACAUCACAGCAGAAAAUGUCCUUCUGAAACUUCUACUGGUUGUCGAAGCAUCCAAAAAAGCUGUGUUGAACAACUGUAACCUGUCAGAGAAAAGCUGUUCAGCUCUGGCCUCAGUUCUAAGUUCACCCUACUCCAGUCUGAGAGAACUGGAUCUGAGUCACAAUAAACUGCAGGAUUCUGGAGUGGAGCUGCUCUCUGCUGGCCUGAAGAGUCCUCAUUGUAAACUGGAGAUACUAAGUUUGAGAGGCGCUAAACUGACAGCGAAAAGUUGCAGAAUUCUGGCCUCAGCUCUGCGCUUGAACUCCUCUGCUCUCCGAGGGCUGGACCUUAGUUACAAUAAACUACAGGAUUCCGGAGUGAGGCUGCUCUCUGCUGGGCUGAGGGAUCGUCACUGUAAACUGGAAAAACUUGGACUAUGGCGUUGUAACGUCACAAAAAGAAGCUGUGAAGUUUUGGCCUCAAUUCUCAGAUCAAAGUCCUCCAGUCUGAGAGAACUGGACCUGAGUGAAAAUAAUUUGCAGGAUUCAGGAAUGAAGAAGUUUUCUGCUGGACUGAAGAAUCCUCACUGUAAACUGGAGAUACUGAGUGUGCGUGACUGCAAGCUAAGAGAGAAAAGCUGUGAAGCUCUGGCCUCAUCUUUUCGUGCCAGUCCCUCUAGUCUGAUAGAGCUGGAUCUGAGUAACAAUGAUCUAAGGGAUUCAGGAGUGAAGCUGCUUUCAGCUGGAUUGAAUAAUUCUCACUGUAAACUGAUGACCCUAAAGCUGAUGAACUGUGGUAUUACAGAUGAAGGCUGUGAUGCUCUGGCAUCAGCUUUGAAAUCAAUGCCCUCAAAUCUGAGAGAGUUAGAUUUAUAUGGGAACAGAAUUGGAGACUCAGGAAAGAAUCUUCUUUAUUCCCUACAGGAUGAUCCCAGUUAUAAACUAGAGAAACUGCACCUGAUACAACAGGAGAGACCAGAUUCACCCGUACCCAGCUGUGUCUCCAUGAAGAGUGAGAAGUCUAUGGGUCACCCACCACUGUUGGAAGAGAGAAACUGUACUCCUGAGAACAACCUGAUACAACAGGAGAGACCAGAUUCACCCGUACCCAGCUGUGUCUCCAUGAAGAGUGAGAAGUCUAUGGGUCACCCACCACUGUUGGAGGAGAGAAACUUUACUCCUGAGAACAGCCUGAUACAACAGGAGAGACCAGAUUCACCCGUACCAAGCUGUGUCUCCAUGAAGAGUGAGAAGUCUAUGGGUCACCCACCACUGCUGGAGGAGAGAAACUUUACUCCUGAGAACAGCCUGAUACAACAGGAGAGACCAAAUUCAGCUGUACCCAGCUGUGUCUCCAUGAAGAGUGAGAAGUCUAUGGGUCACCCACCACUGUUGGAAGAGAGAAACCUUACCCCUGGAAACAGCCUGAUACAACAGGAGAGACCGAAUUCAGCUGUACCCAGCUGUGUCUCCAUGAAGAGUGAGAAGUCUAUGGGUCACCCACCACUGUUGGAAGAGAGAGACUUUAUUCCUGAGAACAAGUAA